CAGCCUUUGACAUAUUACAGCUGUGAAUGAAAUGAACGUUGAGUUGUGUAAGAAUUUGUUAUUUAGAAAAUUAAAAAAAAACUGUCUUUUAUGCGAGGCUCCCUAUUAUUAAAGGAAUAUAAUAUAAUUGAGAAAAUGAGUGAACCAUGGCCAAAUGAUGCAGUACUUUAUCAGCCAUACGAGGCUGAACAGAUUUUAUUGGCGGAGAAUGCCAGUUGCUUAGCUGUGAAAACCUAUUUGAAAAUGUGUAACCUGCCUUAUGACAUACGGGCCUGUGCCAAUGCUGAAUUUAUGUCCCCGGGAGGUCGCAUGACAAAAUUGCCAGUAUUAAAAGCCGGAGCCUUUAUAUUAGCUGAAUUUGAGCCUAUUGUUAAUUUCGUAGAACAGAAGAAUGAAGCUAUCGGUAAAUGGAUGGAUGAGGAUGAGAAAGCAGAAAUGCGUUCCUAUGUGUGCCUAACGGAGAACAUAUUUACUAUGGCUGAACUUUACAUAAGUUUUAUGUUAAAGCCUGUUUAUGAUGAAGUUACAGCUCCUCGCAAUGGUUGCGUAUUUCCCUGGCCCUUGAAUAAAAUUCAAAAUUAUUCCAAACGCUGUCAAGCAAAGAAAAUGCUGAAAGUUUAUCAGUGGACGGAUAUGAGUAUAGAUGAUGUCAUUGAGAAAGUACACAAAUGUUGUGAAAAUUUACAGAUGAAAUUAGGGGAAAGUUCAGGAGACUAUUUCUAUGGUGACAAACCGUGCGAAUUGGAUGCUAUAGUGUUUGGUCAUUUGUUCUCAGUGCUUACCGUAAAAUUACCGAAUAUGGCCUUAGCGCAAACUGUGAAGAAAUUUGAAUUGUUGGUAAAAUUCUGUCGUUUUAUUGAAGAUCAAGAUUUCAAAUAAAAAUAA